AUGAGUUAUCUUAGAAGCCAACCAUCACCCGAUAAUGUUCAGACAACUCCUAUAAAAGCACCGAUACCUCAGACACAACAGGCAGCACAACAAUCCCAAACCCCGCAGUCAUCAGGGGCACCUCAACAGCCAAAAAGCGUGUCCAUGCCCAUCGUUGCUAUUCCAGUCAACUGUCCGCCAGGACUCGAGUAUCUCUUAGUUGUCGAUCAAUUGCUGAUCAAACAAAUCGUUGAAAUCCUGGAAGUGUUCACAACUUUCGAGACAAAUAAUAGCCGUGCGUUCGAGAUGUCCAUCUAUAGUGUCACCAAACAAGAACAGUACGUAAACAGAGCAGUAGCCUGUACACCACGUCCUGACCUCAACAAACUGACCUGUCUUCCGCAUCGAGGACACGUCCGGCAAUACUCUUCUCAGAAUUCGUGGACCCUCUUAGCCAAAGACAGUGACAGAAAUGUGGGUAAAAUCUCAAAGAAAUGGUCGGGUCUUCUGAGGGAACACUUCACUGAUGCAGAUGUAUUCGGGGUCAACUUCCCCGGGGAUCAGGACGUCAGGGCUAAGGCCUUACUAAUGGCCGCAACUUUUCUCAUCGAUUUCAUGUUCUUUGAAAAGAAAGGCAAUCGAGAGAGGGAUAGACCCGGAAUGAUGCACUGA